UUGUGGCCCUGUCAUGAGGAUAAAAUGGGAUGCACCUGAAUCUCAACAAGGUGGCCGGCAGUGUUUAUGUUCAUGUGUGGGCAGUCACUUAACGCACACUUAUUAAGCACCUGCUGUGUUCCAGGCACAGUUGGAGCAGUUGGGGAGACAGUGAUCGAAUUGCCCCAUCCUGGAGGGAGUAGCCAGAAGGGGUGGCAAGUGCUUUUUGGGGCACAUUUUCCCUCCCUCUGGGCCCCCACACCCCUGGGCUUUCGAGGAAUGGGGGCGGGACAGAGGCUGGGGUCUUGCUGCAAGGGUGGCUACAGCGCCCUCCUGAGUCCUGGGGUUAGAGCAGACCGUUGGGAUGCCCCUCCCCUCCUGGGCCUCACCCCCACCCUGGGGGUACCUCGAACAUAACAGGAAAUUUCAAAUAACAGGAAACCAAGACCAGGCAAGGCAGCAGCUCCACCCUGCCCGGGGCCAGCCACCCCGGGCCUCAGUCUGCCCUGGGGGACUGCCAUGAAUGCCACAGGGUCCCCAGUGGAGGCCCACGAGGCCUGCCAGCAGCUGGCGGCCGGUGGGCACAGCCAGCUCAUUAUCCUGCACUACAACCACUCUGGCCGGCUGAUAGGGCGGGCGGAGACCGCCGGGAGCCUGGGGGUCCUGCAGGGGCUCUUUGUGGCCGUGAGCUGUCUGGUGGUGCUGGAGAACCUUCUGGUGCUGGUGGCCAUCGUGACGCGAAUGCAGUCCCGGCGCUGGGUCUACUACUGCCUGGUCAACAUCACGCUGAGCGACCUGCUCACCGGCUUGGCCUACCUGGUCAACGUCCUGCUGUCCGGGGCCCACACCUUCCACCUGGCACCCGCCUCCUGGUUCCUGCGGGAGGGCGUCCUCUUCAUGGCCUUGGCCGCAUCCACCUUCAGCCUGCUUUUCACUGCCGGUGAGCGCUUCGCUACCAUGGUGCGGCCGGUGGCCGAGAGCGGGGACACAAAGAGGGGCCGGGUCCUGGGCUUCAUUGGGCUCUGCUGGCUGCUGGCCGCCCUGCUGGGCCUCCUGCCCCUGCUCGGCUGGAACUGCGUGUGCUCCUUCCAGAGCUGCUCCAGCCUGCUCCCGCUGUACUCCAAGGCCUACAUCCUCUUCUGUGUGGUCAUCUUUGCCUGCAUCCUGGCCACCAUCAUGGUGCUCUAUGGGGCCAUCUUCCGGGUGGUGCGGGCCAAUGGGCAGAAGGCCUCGCGCCCCCCGGUCCGCCGCAAGGCCCGCCGACUGCUCAACACAGUGCUCAUGAUCCUGGUGGCUUUUGUGGUCUGCUGGGGUCCGCUCUUCGGCCUGCUGCUGGCCGACAUCUUUGGCUCCAACGUCUGGGCCCAGGAGUACCUGAGGGGCAUGGACUGGAUCCUGGCGCUGGCCGUGCUGAACUCGGCUGUCAACCCGAUCAUCUACUCUUUCCGUAGCCGGGAAGUCUGCCGGGCCGUGCUGGGCUUCCUGUGCAGCGGGUGUCUCAGGCUGGGCCUUCGAGGGCCUGGGGACUGCCUGGCCCGGGCUGCUGAGGCCCACUCUGGGGCCUCCACCACUGACAGCUCGCUGAGACCCAGGGACAGCUUCCGGGGCUCCCGGUCACUCAGCUUUCGGAUGCGAGAGCCACUGACUAGUAUCUCCAGUGUGAGGAGCGUCUGAGCCACAGCUGGGGAAGAUGGUCCAGCUGCCAGUGCCUGCCCCCAUAGGCCCUCCUCCUGGCCUGGAGGAGGCCCACGAUGGGGGGGCUGGGAGCCUGGGAGCACGCAGAGAGGCAGCAGGCAGGCCCAGAUGGAGAGGAUGGAGCAGGAAACCAGCCGGGGGCCCCAAGGCCCUGUGUUCCUCCUCACAGCCCCAGGUCUGCCGGUGUUUCACGGUCUCGGAGAAGGAGGUGACUGCUCGCUGGAACAGAGAGCGCCCUGGCGUGGAGACAGUUGGGGUUACUAUGUAUGCCCCAGCUUCUCUCUGGAUUUCAGUGGGACUCCCAGGCAAUGAGGGGUAGGCUGUGGGGUUGGUGCCCUAGCAACAUGGAAAUUCAAUGAUGGUAUGAGA